AAAGCCACUCUCCUUUCUCCCUCUCUCUCUCUGUCUUUCUUUCCUGUACUUCCAUGGCCACCAAGCUUGACACAAGCAGCUUACUUUUCGCCCUCUUAUCCAAAUGUAGCUCCCUGACUCAAACCAAUCUCGCUUUGUCUCUCCUCGUGGCCUCCCUAGCUUGUCUCGCUGUCUCUCUCUUCUUCUGGUCUCACCCGGGAGGACCCGCCUGGGGAAAAUACUUCAUCCACCGUCGUCACCGAACCACCGUGAUUCCCGGACCAAGAGGCUUACCUUUUGUCGGAAGCAUGUCUCUUAUGUCCAACGCUUUAGCUCACCGCUGCAUAGCCGCAACCGCAGAGAGAUUCGGAGCGAAACGGCUAAUGGCGUUUAGCUUGGGAGAUACUCGCGUGAUCGUCACGUGCGAUCCUGAUGUAGCUAAAGAGAUUUUAAACAGCCCUGUUUUCGCUGACCGGCCGGUUAAGGAAUCAGCGUACUCCCUUAUGUUUAACCGGGCUAUCGGAUUCGCGCCUUACGGCGUUUACUGGCGAACCCUGAGGCGAAUCGCGUCUAAUCAUCUUUUCAGCCCGAAACAGAUUAAACGCUCCGAGACGCAGAGACGUGUGAUCGCGAAUCAGAUUGUGAGGUGUCUCGCAAAACAGAGUAGCAACGAAGGAUUCUGUUUUGCUCGUGACUUGAUCAAAACGGCGUCGCUUAAUAACAUGAUGUGCUCUGUUUUCGGGAAAGAAUACGAGCUUGAGCAAGAACACGAUGAAGUGAAUGAGCUUCGUGGGUUGGUCGAAGAAGGUUAUGAUUUACUCGCAACACUUAACUGGACCGAUCAUCUCCCCUGGUUAUUUGAAUUUGAUCCUCAGAGAAUCCGGUCAAGAUGCACCAAUCUCGUACCGAAAGUGAACCGGUUUGUGAACCGUAUCAUCUCUGACCACCGUGAUCAAACUCGUGACUCACCGAGUGACUUCGUUGACGUAUUGCUCUCUCUUGAUGGUCCUGAUCAAUUAUCCGAUCCGGAUAUCGUUGCCGUACUAUGGGAAAUGAUAUUCAGAGGAACUGAUACGGUGGCUGUUCUGAUCGAGUGGAUUCUUGCUAGGAUGGUCCUUCAUCCAGAUAUUCAAUCAACGGUUCACAAUGAGCUUGAUAAGAUAGUUGGAAGAUCAAGAGCCGUCGAAGAAUCUGACGUGGCGUCUCUGACAUAUCUGACGGCUGUGGUCAAAGAAGUGCUAAGGCUUCACCCGCCAGGUCCACUUCUGUCGUGGUCCCGUUUAGCAAUCACAGAUACGAUCAUCGACGGUCGUCGUGUGCCGGCGGGGACCACCGCAAUGGUGAACAUGUGGGCCAUAGCGCAAGAUCCACACGUGUGGGAAAAUCCGUUGGAGUUUAACCCGGGACGGUUUGUGGCGAAGGAAGGUGAGGCUGAGUUCUCGGUUCUCGGGUCGGAUCUGAGGCUUGCACCGUUCGGGUCGGGUCGUCGGGUCUGCCCGGGAAAGAAUCUGGGUUUGUCUACCGUUACGUAUUGGAUCGCGACACUCUUGCACGAGUUCGUAUGGCUUGCACCGUCCGAUGAUAAGACCGUUGACCUGUCCGAGAAACUGAGGCUCUCGUGUGAGAUGGCUAAUCCUCUUACUGCUAAAUUGCGCUGCAGGCGCAGUUUAAACGGGUGAUAAGAUUAUAAUAAACUGAAUGUAAAAGAAAUUAGUGUGCUAAAUGCUAAUGCAAAGCAGUAAAGAAAGAAAAAAGAAACUAAAGGAAAAGGAAAAUAAGAAAGGCUAUGAAGCUUUUAUAUUAUUUGAACUAACAACUUGAUACGUGACGUGUUUGGUGGUGUGAGGAGUGAUAUAUUGUAAAUAUAAUGAAAACUUUAAUAAUUACUUUAAUUGUGGACGUAACAGAACAAAAAAGUUAUUACGACUUGUGUAGUAUAGUUUUCUAUCCUAAUAAUAAAACUUAAU